UCGCGGUUCACGGAAAACAAAACACCGAAGAAGUCGCGAGCGUUUUUAAAAAAAUAAAUCCCCUUAACCUAUUGGAUUUAUGUUGGAUUAUUUCGUCAUAUUGUGUUCCUCCGUCGGUUCUUAUCCUAAGAGCAGAUUUCAUCCCAAAUAUUUGUUUCAACGCAGUUAAUUUACGCUGAAUCCUUCGGGACGCUUUGAUUUCCCAGCUUUCUAAUGAACCUGAACGCAUCUGAAGAGAAGCAAGCUCACUAGUUAGCUUUUUUAGCAACUGCGUAAAGAUGCAACUGGCUCUAAGUAAAACAUUCGGCCAGAAGCCGGUGAAGUUUCAAUUAGAAGAGGAUGGCGACUUUUACAUGGUCGGAUCGGAGGUUGGAAACUAUCUGCGUAUGUUCAGAGGAUCUCUGUAUAAAAGAUAUCCGUCUUUGUGGAGGAGGUUGGCGUCGGUGGAGGAGAGGAAGAAAAUCGUCGCUUCGUCUCACGCCACCAGCGUGACUCUGCUGAAGGCGUCUGAAUGUGAAGAGAUCUUCGAGGGAAACGAUGAGAAGUACAAGGCGGUGUCCAUCAGCACAGAGCCGCCGGCUUACCUCAGGGAGCAGAAAGCAAAGCGGAGCAGUCAGUGGGUCCCUACGCUGCCCAACAGCUCCCACCACCUCGACGCUGUGCCUUGUUCCACCACCAUCAACCGCAACAGGAUGGGCCGGGACAAGAAGAGGACGUUCCCCCUGUGCUUCGACGACCACGACCCCGCAGUGAUCCACGAGAACGCAGCGCAGGUGGAGUCUCUGGUCCCCAUUCGUCUGGACAUGGAGAUCGACGGACAGAAGCUGAGAGACGCUUUCACGUGGAACAUGAACGAGAAACUGAUGACCCCCGAGAUGUUUGCAGAGAUUCUGUGUGAUGAUCUGGACCUGAAUCCUCUGGCCUUCGUCCCCGCCAUCGCCUCCGCCAUCCGUCAACAGAUUGAGUCGUAUCCUACGGACAGCAUAAUGGAGGAGCAGGCGGACCAGAGGGUCAUCAUCAAGCUGAACAUCCACGUGGGGAACAUCUCUCUGGUGGAUCAGUUCGAGUGGGACAUGUCGGAGCGGGAGAACUCGCCCGAGUCGUUUGCUCUGAAGCUGUGCUCGGAGCUCGGUCUGGGAGGAGAGUUCGUCACCACGAUCGCCUACAGCAUCCGCGGUCAGCUCAGCUGGCACCAGAGGACCUACGCCUUCAGUGAGAACCCCCUCCCCACAGUCGAGAUUGCCAUCCGUAACACAGGAGAUGCAGACCAGUGGUGCCCCCUGCUGGAGACCCUCACAGAUGCAGAGAUGGAGAAGAAGAUCCGAGACCAGGACAGGAACACGAGGCGUAUGAGGCGGUUGGCGAACACGGCUCCGUCCUGGUAGUCAUGACGCUGCAUCACGUGACGUUUCCUCCGGAGACUCCUGCUACUGGAAGGACGAAGUAAACACACACAGAGUUACUCACACACACAGAACAUCAUGGUAGCACCUGGACGUCCCUGGAAACAUGAAUGAAUGAACACACACACACACACACACACACACCUGGCAUUCCUCUGCACAAAGCUCACCACGCUUCACUGCCUUUAGCACAGCACUAACAGCUGUUAGCUGGGGUUUGUACUGAAGGAGGUUUAGGUCUGUUACCCACACACACACACACACACACACACACACACACACAUACACGCAGACACACACACACACACACACACACACAUCAUGUUACAUUCAUCACGUGCGUCAGGUCAGUACUCCUCUGGUUGGUACUUUUUAAUCUGUAGUCUAAAUAACUGAACUGUCUGUGACUGAGGAGGAUGUAAACUCUCGAUCCACAUCUCUUUAUACCACCGAGGUUUACGGGUUGAACUGUUUGUACAGAAAGGAGACUCACAGCUGCUUCUCUGAGACUCACCUGAGCUAAAUGUUAGGAUGUUGUAGUGAUAGGAACGACGCCUGUUCUGUCCACGCUUCAGAUCACGAAUCUGACUCAGCAGCUGUUAUCACAAGGACAGAGCAGACGGAGCGUGCACUCUGACACUUUGAAAGAUGUAAGCUUUGUGUGUGUGUCCGAGUUAAACUGAUGCACGUUUUCAACAUCUGGCUUCAACACGUCUUCAUCCAUCCUGACUUUGUUCAGACUGCAGUCAGGUCAGAGCUGAGAGGAAAGGUAGCAGCUCAUGUCUGACUCCUUUUAUAAUCCUUGCAGCAUUAAUUCACUAAAUACUCAGAGAAUGAAUCUUAUAUCUAUGUCUGUCAUGGCCUGUUAAAGGUCUGUUCAUGAAUUGAUUCAGUCUGGAUGACUUACCUGUCCACCUCUGUGCCCUCACAGUUUAAUAAAGACAGCACAGAGUCCGUUAACGUUUUGCUCUCAGAGUCUCAGCGCAGAACUCAACUGUGCACCCCCUCCUCCGUGUUUCACCCUCACUCUGCUCUGACAGCUGAGGAUCUGCAGAAACCCGCUCUGCAUCAGUUUGUAAACCACCUCUGAACGAGGCGAGGAUCUGAAACAUCAAAAAUCACAUUUCAUUUAAUGUCUAACUUUGGAAAGAACGUGUGGUGUGCAAAAUCCACACAAGGCUUCACUUAAAGAGAAAGUACAGUAUUUAUAAGUCUGGUUGUAGGCCUGGCUCUGUUCUGGGUCUCUGGCCAAGCUGAUCGGGAUCCUUUGUGCCUCGUACAACCACACUUCCAAAAAAAAACUAUCCCUUUUAAAGACUCUGAGAAAAGAUCCCUGCUUGGACGUAUAGCUCAGUAAUCUUUUGCAUCUUCUGUCUUUUACUCCUCCAAAAAAUUGACCCUGGAUUGGUGGAAAAACUGGAUUUGGUUUUGCAGUCUGAACAAAACUGUGGAUGCAUUAACGCCAACAUGAAGCCACUCAAUAUGAACAUGGUUUAAACGUCCAAGAGACAAAGACCUCUCUAGUUUUUCCUCUGUAUUUGAGGAGGGGUUCGGAGAAGAGGAAAGCUAAGAGAAGGUUUCUGAUCCUCUAAACGAUCCGUCAAACAUCAUGAAGAUCAUUCUUUGUUUCAUUGAAAGUCCAAAAAGGUCAAAAUCUUUCUGUUACAGCAUCUCACACACACCAGGAUUAGCUGGCCAGACUUCUGAAUGUCCCUAUUUACCAUUCAAAAACAUGAUCUGUUACACUCAAACCCAUCAAAAGUAUAAAUAGGAGUUAAAAACUGUUCCAACUGUGUUGAUGAAAGAAAAGGACCAAAAAUAAUAAUAAGCUGAAUAUUAUCUGCUGUGAGAAUGAUCAUAAAGAUGCAGUACUCUCACAAAUGUUGUAAUGAAUGUAAAUGAGAAACAUUUGUGUUGAGGAGGAUGUUCCCUUUUUAUCAGAGCGUGUGCAUGUAAAGUAAUCUGCAGUAACGCUCAGACACAGCCGCGUGUUUGCAGACUCAGAGUGUCGGUGUUAGCAGACAGACUCUGACUCGGUGUCCCUGCAUGCUCAAACUAACUGUAGGUAGUCCAAACUCUUCUGUGCAUGAUGGACGACGCUCCUGAUGUUACGUCUGUCCGAGUGUCAGCGCUGACGAGAACCAAUGGUGUCUUUAAAAGUGACGACUUUUCAACUUGAACUUACUCUGAGAAUGAUGUUAACGUUUGUUGUUCUCUUCUUUUGUAAAAUUACUUUACCUUUAUAGUCGACUCGUUUUUAUAUGGAAAAUAUCAAUAAAGGAAACUUGAUGGAA